AUGGAGCACCAUGACGGCAGACAGGACCGGUAUGUUCUUGCUCAAGCACUGUGGAAGUUCGUCCUUCUCUCGGCCCUUAUUUUUACAUUUUUCGAACCGUCAAGGAAGAUGGAUGAUUCAAGACGAACCGAAGAGCCCCGUAAUGACCUGUACCCAACAUUCGAGCGAAGCGAUCACAACCUGGAGUCAGUCCUUGGGGGAAUGUACCACUUCCGUUCGCUCGUAUGCUCCCAGCAGAACACGGAGACUCGUAUAUCGGCCAAUCGCCUACCUACCGUCCCUGCUAUCCCACGCUAUUACAACGCUAGGGCAGUGGGAGUAGAUUAUAUGCAUCCUUCGAGCGCUUCUGCCCUCACAUGGUCUCCUCCGGCUGGCCAGCCAAUGAGUGAUGUGUAUUCUGAUGAGCUCUUGGUUCAAGAACGUCCUCAAGCAGUCGCCGAUCCCUUGAUACUACCAGCCCCACUGGUCGGAGACGUUCGACAAUAUCGACACAAAAUAGCUUGUCGACUCACUGCCACCGGUAGAGGCCUGGGAGGUCGUAGUACGAUUGACCUAGCCGGUAUGAGCCAUAUGCAGUCCAAUGCGAAUCAUACAUAUGGCCUGGUCAGUGUCAAGUUUGGAAGAACGAUGGGCCCAGUUAGCAUCGUUCCUCAAUCAGAAUAUCGUCAUUCUUCCAAAGCAGGGCAGACUCGAUACGGUCGUCCACUCGACUUGACGUCGAUAGCAUUCGUCAGCGUCGAUGGCAACGGUGCCCGAGAGGAUGGAGUCAUUGUAGAGGAUGCUUUGAAGGGGUUCAAAGGCUGCCCUGUGGAGCUUGAGGGUGCGGACGAUAUCGUUCUGGAAGGUUCUGUCGUCAAUAUAACUGUGCACAUAAUGUGGUUUGGCCGGGAACCCUGGAAGAAUUUGAUCAGCACAAGAUGCUUGCAGGAGAAGCGCAUUAUCCCAAUGACUCGAGGAAUCCUCGCCCAAAGAUUAGCCAAAGCUCUGGUCAAGUUCAUGCAGCAUGUCAGAUGGCUGGAUACCAAGUCGGAAAUGUCUGCUACACCUAACGCCAGCGGUCUUCUCUCCAUCCCAGCUGCGGGUCAAAUGGUCAUACGCAGUCUCAAUCCUGUGACUCACGGCGGGUGGCAAGUAGACCUCGCUGUUGCUGGCGUUCGCCCUAUUAUUUAA